AUGGAACUGGAACAUAAAGCUAUACAAGAGAUAAACCUCAAGCCGGGCCUGGGGAGUAGAAGAACUCCCAGAACCACAUCAGGCAGGUAUGAAGCAAGCAGCAGCCCACACUCUUCCAGUAGUCCACACUCCCCCAGCAGCCCACACUCUUCCAGUAGUCCACACUCCCCCAGCAGCCCACACUCUUCCAGUAGUCCACACUCCCCCAGCAGCCCACACUCUUCCAGUAGUCUACACUCCCCCAGCAGCCCACACUCUUCCAGUAGUCCACACUCCCCCAGCAGCCCACACUCUUCCAGUAGUCUACACUCCCCCAGCAGCCCACACUCUUCCAGUAGUCCACACUCCCUCAGCAGCCCACACUCUUCCAGUAGUCCACACUCCCCCAGCAGCCCACACUCUUCCAGUAGUCCACACUCCCCCAGCAGCCCACACUCCCCCAGUAGCCCACACUCCCCCAGUAGCCCACACUCCCCCCGCAGCCCACACUCCCCCAGUAGCCCACACUCCCCCAGUAGCCCACACUCCCCCAGCAGCCCACACUCUUCCAGUAGUCCACACUCCCCCAGCAGCCCACACUCCCCCAGUAGACCACACUCCCCCAGUAGCCCACACUCCCCCAGCAGCCCACACUCCCCCAGUAGCCCACACUCCCCCAGUAGCCCACACUCCCCCAGCAGCCCACACUCUUCCAGUAGUCCACACUCCCCCAGCAGCCCACACUCUUCCAGUAGUCCACACUCCCCCAGCAGCCCACACUCUUCCAGUAGUCUACACUCCCCCAGCAGCCCACACUCUUCCAGUAGUCCACACUCCCCCAGCAGCCCACACUCUUCCAGUAGUCUACACUCCCCCAGCAGCCCACACUCUUCCAGUAGUCCACACUCCCUCAGCAGCCCACACUCUUCCAGUAGUCCACACUCCCCCAGCAGCCCACACUCUUCCAGUAGUCCACACUCCCCCAGCAGCCCACACUCCCCCAGUAGCCCACACUCCCCCAGUAGCCCACACUCCCCCAGCAGCCCACACUCCCCCAGUAGCCCACACUCCCCCAGUAGCCCACACUCCCCCAGCAGCCCACACUCUUCCAGUAGUCCACACUCCCUCAGCAGCCCACACUCUUCCAGUAGUCCACACUCCCUCAGCAGCCCACACUCCCCCAGCAGCCCACACUCUUCCAGUAGUCCACACUCCCCCAGCAGCCCACACUCUUCCAGUAGUCCACACUCCCCCAGCAGCCCACACUCCCCCAGUAGCCCACACUCCCCCAGUAGCCCACACUCCCCCAGCAGCCCACACUCCCCCAGUAGCCCACACUCUUCCAGUAGUCCACACUCCCCCAGCAGCCCACACUCCCCCAGCAGCCCACACUCUGCCAGUAGUCCACACUCCCCCAGCAGCCCACACUCUUCCAGUAGUCUACACUCCCCCAGCAGCCCACACUCCCCCAGUAGCCCACACUCCCCCAGUAGCCCACACUCCCCCAGCAGCCCACACUCCCCCAGUAGCCCACACUCCCCCAGCAGCCCACACUCCCCCAGUAGCACCUCUUACGACCUGCUGUGUUUAUGGUCAAGAUAA